CUCGCAGCAAAUUAAUCAUCUGUAUUCUUCAUUCUUAACCAUCUUUCAAUUCCAUUAGAGAAAUUACAAACACCGUUUGUGUUGGUUCUUUACACAUAACCUGUCAAGCUGUGCACUUCCAAUUGCUUAUUUGCUUCUAAUAAUAAUUAUUUGAUCCACAAAUAUGGAGCAUUACAUGGAGACAUUGUUACAUCUUAAAAUUCAACUAGAAGAUAUAACAUCAGCCACCAACAACUUCAACGAUAGCCCUAUUGGAGUUGGUGGUUUUGGGAAUGUUUAUAAAGGAGAAGUGUCUCACCCUGAUGGGCGUAGCGUGGUCGCUAUUAAACGUCUUGAUAGUACACGUGGACAAGGGGCACCUGAAUUCUUGAAAGAGUUAACGAUGCUUUCUGAGUACAAGCAUGAAAAUGUUAUUUCUCUUUUGGGAUUUUGUUGCGAAAAGAGUGAGAUGAUCCUGGUGUACGAGCAUGCAUCACGUGGAAGCCUUGAUCGCUAUUUAAAUUCCCCUUAUCUCACGUGGUCACAACGUAUCAAGAUAUGCAUUGAUGCCGCGAAGGGACUAAACUACCUACAUGAUCCAAGGGAGACACACCGGAGACUUAUCCAUUGUGAUGUAAAAUGUGGCAACAUCCUUCUCGAUGAAGAUUGGAAUGCGAAAGUUUCUGACCUUGGGCUAUCAAUAAUUGGGUCAGCUAAUGAGCAGCACUCACUUAUUGUCACCCUGGCAGCAGGUACCGUGGGAUACAUUGACCCGCAGUAUCGGAUGACACACACUUUAACAAAAGAAUCAGACGUAUACUCUUUUGGUGUGGUCCUGUUUGAAGUUUUAUGUGGGCGAUUAUCCUGUACAUAUAGCAACAAUCGUGUUCGGCAGAAUUUAUUACCCACGUGGAUUGAAAGCUAUGAACAUAAGCAGUUAAAUGAAAUCGUUUUUAAAAGUCCGACUAUUAAACCAAUGGAUCAGGGUUCUCUAAAAACAUUUUCAGACAUUGUAUAUCAAUGCUUGAAGAUAUCUCGUGAAGAUCGACCAAAGAUGACUGAGGUUGUGACAGAACUUGAGACUGCACUCGUCAUUCAAGAGCUUAGUGAAGGGAAGUUGCCGUGUUUUAUCUACGAUGAGACUCCUCCUCAGAACUUCAGUUCCAAAGCUAAAUUGUGGGAACUUCUGUGUGAAGGGGUCCUCCUUAACGACGGCAAAACGUGGCUUUCAUUAAAUAAGAAGGGAGAACUUUGUGAGAUGAUAUCUAUUGCAGAAUGUUUGGGUUCAGAUGUCAAGAGUUACGACUUCUCGUCUCGAUAUAAUUCAAGAUUUGCUGUGGGCACCUGCCUUUAUUUUCCUUGUGAUGGGAUAUUGAAAACACAUGUAAAAUCCCAAUUCUUGUCACCAGGAAUCACAUACACGGUGAACAUUGUGUUCAAGUUUGAGAACCCAAAGGUGAGAAAAGGUUAUGAACUAAUAUCCCUCAGAUACAAAUUACAAGGGGAGACAGAGAGUUCAAUAUCACACCUGGCUUAUGAGAGAGAAGAUGGAUGGUGGAUGUGCGAAUUGUAUCACUUUACUUGUGACCGCAGAACAGUUGAUCUUCAAAUUUUGUUUGAAGACUUCCUUACUUCUCCUUAUAGUUAUAGCAUAAAAGUAGAAGGCAUCGAAUUUCAGCCCUUGGAGAAAGUGGAACAUAUAGGUGAGAAGCAACCCAUAUCAGCUUCAGAUUCAGAUGUAGAAUGGGAAGAAAAACUGCCAGCUGAUUAUGAAGACAUAAUGAAAAGGUCAGAAAAUAGUGUGCAAUGGACAACCAAGGAGGAAGCAUACGCAAUUAUUCACAAAGGCUUCUUAAUCAGUGAUGACCAAAUGAAUAAAUGCAUUGUUUAUAAUUAUACUAAGGAUGCAAAUUUGGAAGAUGAAAGUUUGGAAGAAAUUAUCGUAAUGUCAGAAAACAAAUGCUAUCUAAAAACAAGAAGGAAGCAUGCCCAAGUAUUCGCAAAUAUUUGGUUUUCUCUUGACAAAAAUGGAAAGAAAUGUCAUAUGAUAUCGUCAACAAAGGUUGACAUACGGAGCUCACACAGGGAAAUAAUGCCUUUACCCGAAUCAAGAUUUGGAGAAGCCGUUCAGUUGUUGGAUUGUGACUAUAUGUUUAUCGAGACUGAAGUCCAGUCCAAAUUAGUAUCAUCUGAAACAACGUAUGCAUGUUACCUUGUCUACAAAACACUAAAAGACCAAUCUAGAUUUGAGGCUCCUAUAGAAGUGAAAGAUAGAAAAUGUGAUUCUUGGUAUAUCUAUUUAGCAAGUCCUCAAACUCCAAUUAUUGGACCAAAGGCUAGUCAAGACACCCACAAUCCAGUCAAUAGGCCAAAAAUAAAAGGCAUUCCACAACAAAGGAAUGAUGGAUGGAUUGAAGUGCAAAUAUGGGAAUUGCGAGCUGCUAAUACAAUGAACAUGGAACUUAUGCUGGGUGUUUCUGACAAGAAGAUUAGUAGGCUUAUUAUUGAAGGCAUUGAGUUUAGACCUAUAUAAACUUUCUUUUUUUAUAUAAUUAACAAGAACUAGGGUUAAGACCCGCCCGCGUUGCGGCGCGGGUACAUCGUAAACAUUGAAUGGAUUAGUCCAAACAUUAUAUGAUGCAUUAACCAUAUGAAAACACACAUUUCGACGAAUCCAGUUAAACUCAGUGUAACUUG